CACCUGUGUGUAUGUGUUUGUGUACACGUGUGUGUAUGUGUAUGUGGUUACGGUCUGGCUAAGUGCCACCAGUUGGUGUGGAGUAGAAUGUGGACAGGUGGAGCCACGCAACAGAUCAGCUGGCAGUCGUACGAAAGUAUGUAGGCCGUAUCUGGAUCCUUGCUACGCCACCCGUCUCCCGUUAUACCCAAGUGCUCGUGAUUCAAAAGCUAACCUCGUUUUGAUUUGUGGGUAGCGCAAAAAAAUAUAGCAAUGGACCCAAAGUUGAUAGAUUGUCAAAACUCCUUCAGGGACUUGACUAGAAUGGUACCUGGAUCGAACCCCACUGGCACUACAUCUCAUGAACAAAGUUUGUUUAGAGAUGUAUGUUUGGUUUCUAACGGAGAGUUUAGUCCCAACGCUGUAAAUGGUGUCCAACAUAGAAUUUGCUCGAUGUGUCAAAGGAAUCUGACAGGCCAAACAGCUAGACAGACAGACCGGCAGAGAAGACAGACAGACAAGAGAAGAGACCGGUCAUUCGUCCACACGUGGAGCUGGGUAGUGCUGGUGUUGGCAUCACUGGUUGUUUGUCUGGUUGCCAUGGUGAUUUGUCUGAUGAUGUCAGUCAACAGGCUGCAGCAGAAGGUUCUGGAUAUACAGCAGCAUUGUCAGCGCCGCCCACAAGAGAAACAUCUAGUGCUUACAGAUACAAGAACACAAAGUCUUAAUCACAAUGGUACACACACGUCACAAUACUCCCAUACAGUCCUGGAUAAUUCUCAGCUAGUCAGGAAACCUGCGAACUUCUUAGAGGUGGCCAAAUUGUCAGAGUCUUUUAGGGAAGUGGCCAAAAGGUCAGAAUCUGUUGGGGAAUUGGCCAAAAGGCCAGAGUCAGAAGUGGCCAAACUACUUUCUCGUCCCGUGAGACAGUCAGGUAAAGGCAAGGGUAAAGGGAAGGUCAAUGGCAGCUGUACCAACCAAGCGACCAUCUUAAAAUUCUGCGACACGUACAACCGCAAACAGGAAGCACCGGCGUCUGUGGAGUAUUUCGCUAAUUUCUACGAUCACUACAAUAUAAGUGAUUUCAUAAACAGAAAUACUGAAUGCUUUAUAGACAAAAAUCUUCCACUAAGUCCAAAAGUUUGCCAAAUGGCUACAAUGAAGUAUGAAAAUGCCAGCUCAGCACUAACGCUGUACAGGGCCAAUAGCUCCAUGUCGGAUAACCGUACCAAAUUGGUGGAGCUGACUGACGAAAUCAAUGGCGUCUUUACCGUUAAAAAAUCUGGGAUUUUUAUUAUUCGUUUGGAGAUUAUCCUGGUGGACGAGGACUUCAACCACUCUGUUGGAAUCUUCCAGAACAACCUGCCCACCCUGGCAUGUCGCAGGGGUGGCUUCUACUACAAGUACCCCAGCUCCAACACCAACGUGGACGUCACACGCUUCAGGAUAUGCACCAUAAAUGGGGUUCUCGAGCUAAAGACCAACGACACCCUACAAAUUAAGACAAUAGAACCCCACACAACCGUACGCUUUGACCCCAAACCCUUGUCGGUAUUCAGGCUGACUCUACUGCCUCCUUCAACAAAGAAGGGCAAAAAGGUUUAGUGUUGGGUAAAGUCAUUUGUGCUGACUUUGUCAUCAAAUCUACCAAAACAGAAGAAUUUAUGUAGUUAAAGUCAUUUGGGUUGACUUUACCACUAAACUUACCAAGAAGUAAUAUAAUUUUUAUCUUUCAACUGAUCUAACUACCGAGAUCAACAUAGAAAAAAAAUGCUCUCCCAACUCUUUCAACUAUGGGAAAGUGGAAUCACAAUCUUGCAGUCUCAUCUUCUGUCACAACAUUUGAAUUAACUUUUUAACCCACAAUCAAUUUGAAAUUACGUAAUUUAAAAGAAAAACAGUUUACUUAAUUAGAUGUGUUGAUUGAUAUAAUUAAUUUUCUUUAAGUUGUGUGUUUUUAUUCACGGGCUGACUAUGUUCAUUAAAAAGUUAAUGAACAUCCAAGUUCACGACUUAGUAAUUAGUUAUUACUAUUGUUUAAGCAAUGUCUGCUCCUUUUAAACUUAGAUAAUAACUACACAUUGUAUUUGUAUUGCAAUUUUUAAGCUUCUACUCAAUCUCAUACUUGUUUUCCCGAUCUCAUUGUUACAUGUAGUUACCUGAUGGUUGACGAUGUUAAAUAAGAAGUAUCAUAUCGAUUAAUGUUAGUCGUAUUUUAAAACAUUUAUAGCGUUUAUAGUAUUGGGCUAGACUCUAGAAGAACUCGGAGCCAGUGUUUCUUCCAGACUUUUU